GUCCGAGGCGGUUAGGGUGAGGCUGUGUGGUUUUGGUUUAGUUUACUUUAAUUUUAAUCCUAAUUUUGUAAUUUUACUUACUUUCGUGAAUACCGCUGUCGAGUGCAGACGCUCUUUACAAUAAGUGCUCGAAAUUAAGGCAUCUUUUUGUUAAAGUUUGUAAAAUAUUUAAAUUUAAAAUGCAAGAAACCGUUACAAACUCAAAUGAGAGGAAAUCUCUGUUUUCUUCUUUUUUGGAUGUCCUGGAGGCACGGGAUAAACAAGCUCAGGCAGAAAGACAAUUACAGGAAGAAAAAUAUCAACGACGAACUCAGAAAAUAUACGAUUUUCAUGAGCGUCAGCAGCGCGAGGCGGCGGAGCUGAAGCGCUGCCUGGACUACGUGUCGACGCACGCGCACGUGCUGGAGAGCGUGCUGCGCGGCGGCGACGCGGUGCCGCUGUCCGCCGCGCUCGUGCGCCAGGCGGCCGCGCUGCAGCGCUGCAUGGCGCAGUGCGUCGCCAACGCGGCGCGCAUCCGCCGCCUGCUCACCGCCGCGCACCAGCCGCAGAUGGACAACAUGCUGGCUAAGAUGGAAGCCGAGCUGAGCACGUGGACCGCAUUCCUGCAGCGCGCGGUGGACGCCACCUACAACACCGAGGUGGUCAUCGACAACUUGCACAAUAUGAUUGCUGAGCAGCGUCGCUGCGUCCGCGAAGUGUCGUCUAGUAGUGUGUUCACGUCGUUGUGCGGAGCGAGCGAGGCGGGGGAGGGCGAGGCGGUGUCGCCGGUGGAGCGGCGCGCGCUGGCGGCGGCGUGCAGCACGCCCAUCGCGCGCGACUAG